AUGUCUGACACCGAAGCGUGGCCUCCCGCCCAAGGUCUCACGACCAAGAUCGUCCCACGCGAGAAUGCCAUCCUCCAACUACCCUACUCAACCACCAUCCACGCACCAGCCCAACUCGUCUUCGACACCAUUCUCAACCUCGCCGACUACCCCAAAUGGAACACCUGGAUCCCCUCUGGCCGCAUCCUCACACAACCCGACUCAGUCGACGCCUCUGACUCCAGUCGCAUGCACAUUGGCACCACCAUGGUCUUCAACGUCAUCAUGAACGCGUCCAAGCCGACUAGCAUCACAGAAACUUCGCUCAAAGUCGUAGACAUCAGCACGCCCUCCGCACCCAGCGACUACCUCCCACCCGCGCUGCUCGCCGACCCCUCAUUCACCGCCGACGCGAGUAAAGUGUACCGCGUCAGCUGGACGGGCCACGGCGGCAUGGACUCUUGGGGCGUAAUGAGGUUGGAGCGGGUGCAGGAGGUUAUUGUAAAGGGAGAGGAGGAGUGCGAGGUUAGGAGUUGGGAGAUUAUGGGGGGUGUUAUGGCGAGGGUUGUUAAGUUGGCGGUUGGGGGUACGUUGGUGGAGAAGACGAGGCUUUGGUGUGAGGAUUUGAAGGGGUUUUGUGAGAGGGUUCAUCGGGAAGGGAGGGGGGUGUGA